GUGUAUGUCAUUUUAUUUGCUAAUUUUAAAUUACUGAAAUGAAAUAUUUUAUUUUAUUUACAUAAUGUAUAAAAUGCGUUCUUUGUCUCGCACUGCGCGGCAACAACAUAUAUAUUUAAAAAAUAUUCGAGUCCAAUCCUGUGUUCAUCAAGUCAGGCAACCGCAAAACGAUUUCAGAAAUGUGAGAUUACAAAGCACUGUUGCAGCUGAAGAAGGCUAUAUUAAAAAAUUUAUGAAAGCAGUGGGUUGGAUGGACCAGUCCAGAACACGUUUGAAACUAACUGGAUAUUUUCUCUAUGAGUGUGUGCCUGACAAAGUGGCAUACAAGGAUUGGUUUGAAAACUUGGAACUCCCAGAUACAUUUGCAUCAUGGUUUAUUAUAACAGAACUACAUGUUUGGAUUCUCAUGGUGCGCUAUAUGGCAGAAGAUAUCACUGUAUCAAAGGCAGAAAAAAAUAAAUAUAUUAAGGGUGAUGGACAUUUUGUUAGAAAUUGUAUAAUAGAAGCCUUAUGGGCUGAUGUUGGAAAUAAAAUAAAAUUAUUAGAGGGAGCAAAUCCAGCUAUAGCUAGAAAACAAGUAUCAGAAUUAUCAGAACAAUUUCAAGCAGCACUUGUUGCAUAUGAUGAAGGACUCAGCGAUGAUAGAGUACUUGCAGCAGCAAUUUGGAGAAGAUUUUAUUCACUUUCAGAUGAUGCCAAAGCAGAAAAUGUUGAAAAAAUAGUGAACUUUAUUAGACACCAGGUAUCUGUUUUAGAUAAAAUUCCUGGUCAAGAUUUGAAAUGGAAACCAGAUAUUGCUUGGUUAAGUAUAGUUAAUCAUUAGCUAUGUGUAUAAGAUAUAGGUCAUUGUUAGUGUUGAUAAAUAAAUUUAAAGCCUAUUUAUUUAAACAGUUUUUAUUUGAAUAUA